AUGGCCAGUGAAAUGAGCAGGGCCACAAACUAUUGCUGCGAAUGUGCAGUCAGUCAGAGUAGAUGUAGUGCCGAUACUUGUCCAUGUGUGGCUGCUCGAAAGACAUGCGAUGAGCAUUGUGAGAGUACCAGAUAUCGUGGAGAUUGUUUGAAUCAAGCAAUAUGCAAAUGUUCCUGUGAAGUUGAUCCAGCCAAGCCAGCCAAGAAUGCUUGUAUGAAGAAUGAACGAUGUGAUUGCCUCAAGAUGAAAGAAGGAUGUAGUAAAUUAUGUGCUUGUAAACAAAUAUGUAAAAAUAAGGAACCUCCAAAAAAAAUAAUAAAAGUUCCCAAACCGGAGCAGGGAUGUCAAUGUGCGAAGAACAAGAAGAUGUGUGUCAAGAAAGAAUGCCCAUGUCGAUCUGUUUAUGAGUUUUGUUCCAGCAAAUGUCGUUGCUGUGGUGAUUGUACAAACGGAGCUGCAAAAUUUGCGAUUCCUAAGCAUGUUCAACAAUGUUUUUUGGAACAUAAACAUGAAAGCAGCGGUUUAAUUGUCACUUUAAUAGGCGAAGAUUAUAUUUAUCGAGGAGAUUUCUUCCAUGACUCAAAAGCUGAGCCACAUGUGGAAGAGCAGUUAUUAGUCGCUUUAUUCGAUUUAAUUUCCAAAUAUAGUAUAGAUUUGUACGAAAUCACAAUCUUCGUCUCAAAAUCUCCUUGUUUCCAUCAGGAUUGUGAGCCGAAAUGUGAAGUUGUUGAUGAAUGUAAGAGUAAUAAAUCAUGUGCAAAGCUAUUGGGAUUGUUAUUAAGCAAAAUACGAAAAGAAAUCAAGAAAGUUGAUGUGAAGAUGACAAUCAAGUUCCUUUAUCCACACUUGAAUCGAGGUGAUUUGUAUACGAAGCAAGGAAUACUUUGUAUGCUCCAAGCUGGAAUAAAGGUUGAACCUUUACUCAUGAAAGAUUGGUGUGCCAUCAUGGAUUGGUCUCCGAACGUUGAUCACAAAGGAGAUUACCUUCAGUUAUGGAAUAAUCAUCACUUAGACAAGGCGGUAGCACAGUCACAGUCUUUCAUAAAUGAAUGUCGACGAGCACUCGGCCUCUCCAUGAAAUUCUGGGUAGCAGAAAUUCAUGAAAUUGUCAAAAAUACUAUUCUUCACUUCUCUGAGCUUCGUCUGAAGUGUGGCGAUUUGAACGAUGCUCUAAAGCAGCUCGACUUAACAGCAACUCCGCACAAGAUCCGUUCAACUCCAUCUAAACGACGUUCCUUCAUAGAUCUGUUGGAAUUACGCGAUAAACUACUUCGAGGAUCAACGGAAAGCAAAAAAACCGGAAGUCAUGUGUCAGUAGCCAGUGAAGAUGCUCAAGCUCAAGCUAUGGUAGCUUCCUUCUGUGGACGAUCAUUUGAUGAUUGUGAAACAGAUGAAAUAGCUCAAAGAAUUCGAAGAGCAACUGCCAAUAUUAAUUUGGAAAUUGAGACAUUAAUGGAAUUCCUAACACAUAAAGGAGCAAUAUCUUAA